AUGUCUUCCCCAUCUAAUAACCCCCACCGCUCUCAACCGCGCCAAAACCAGCCAUCCCGUUUACACCGUCAAACCGCCGCGGUCGGCGCACCCGAAGUCGCCGUCGAACAAGCACACAUAGAAGCCGCCAGACUAGCCGCAAUCACAAACCAAGUAAUGGCCAUCUUCGACCCAAACCGCCUUAUGGAAUCGAUGGACGCUGCGUUGAGGACAAUCAGCGCUGCCGCCGGUGGCCACCCUGCCACGGCUAGGGCGAUCGCGCGGCACAUUGCUGAUGAGAACGAUCGCAAUCCCCGGCUUUGGGCGCGCCGGUGCGGUCCCGAAGAUGGGAUUCCCAAUCCUCCCCCGCCGUACUCGGCUUUGCCCAGCAAGGGAGAGGUCACGGUCGAUUUGUCGCUGCCUGAGCCCGAGUAUACUCCUCGCUAUACUCUGUAUGCACAAGGUCAGAAGAGGAAGCGCGAGGAGGGGGAUAACUUGGAGGAAGAUGGCGAGGAGGAAAACAACUCCAAUUAG